AUGAGGUAUAAUAUUCCUACUGAAAUUAUCCUCUUAAUUCUCGAAUAUUAUGAUUUUGUUGAUUUUGCGGAUUUUAGAAAGAUCAGUUCAGUAUCAAGAUUAUUUUGCAAACUAUGCGAAAAACUUAUCAUCAAGAUUUUUCUUAUUAAUGAAAAUAACAUGAGAUAUAAACCGAUUUUUAAAUAUCAACUCUUGAAAAAUAAUAUUAAAUACAAUAUAAGUAAAAGAAGACAUAGUAAUAUAAGAUCUAUAUAUUAUAAUUGGAGUACUCUCAAUACUUGCAUGGUAUCAUAUGGAAGUUCUUAUUAUAAAGCACGACGUGUUGAAAAAAUAGAAUAUAUCAUCCCUAAAAAAAUUUUUUAUGAUAGAUAUCUUAAAUUCUCAUACAUGAUUAAAAACAUAAACGAGAAAGAAAAAUUCGAAGUUUUCCAUAUAAUUAGUAACAAAAAAUUUUUAAUAGAUGGUGAAAGAGGGUGUCAUGGAUUGGAUCUUUGGAAAUUAGGAACUAUCGAUGAUGAUGAUUGGCAUCACUGUCAUGAUCUUAGUUAUCAUUUCACAAAUUUAAUUUUGAAAAAAUUAUUGAUUUUCAAAUAUCUCAAAAGUAAAAAUGAUAAAAUAAAAGAAAUGUAUGAAGAUUUAUUUAAAUGGGAAGA